GAUGCGAUCCAGAAGAAGAAGAAGAAGAAGAAGAAUCAGCUCUUUUUACUGUGUCACUUUUUCGUCAUGGCAGCUACCAGCUGGGAAGACUCCGUCAAAAGUCUGAAAGGUGUGAUUUUAGACAUGUGCGGCGUGUUAUAUGAUGCUGGAGAAGACGGCGGCACACCGAUUCCAGGCUCCGUAGAAGCGGUGAAAAGGCUAAAGGCCUCGGACCUGCAGGUGCGCUUCUGUACCAACGAGACCCAGGCCACACGGGAGGUGUUUGUAGCCAAGCUGCAGAGGAUGGGCUUUGACAUCUGUGUGUCUGAGGUGUUCUCCCCAGCCCCGGCUGCCGUGGCUGUCCUGAAGGAAAGGGGGCUACGACCCCACCUGUUGGUCUAUGACGGUGUUGUCCCUGAGUUUGACAGUGUUGAAAAGGCCAACCCAAACUGUGUUGUCAUAGGAGACGCAGCAGAGAAGUUCUCCUACCAGAACCUCAACGAUGCCUUCAGAGUUCUCAUAGGGCUGGAGAAACCAGUACUGUUCUCUCUGGGCAGAGGGAAGUACUACAAGGAGGAUGAAGGCCUGAACCUGGAUGUUGGGGUUUACAUGAAGGCAUUGGAGUAUGCCUGUGAUGUAGAAGCUGAGGUCAUUGGGAAGCCAGACCCCAUGUUCUUUCAGAAAGUUCUGGAUGACAUGAAGAUUCAGUCACACCAGACUCUGAUGAUUGGAGACGAUCUGGUGAAUGAUGUGGGCCAGUAUUAG